CACCUGUGAUGCAAAGUGAGGGGACACAAUACGUCUGACAUUACUUUUAAUUUGGAAAAUACUGUUCCUUAGAUACCAUUUUUCUCACACUUUAGAAAACUUCUGAGGUAAUGGAAACAUCACUGAAGCAAGAAUAUAGUAUAUGAGAGAUUAAUACUAUGGAGUCAGAAUACUUGAAAUAUGAUGAUGUUAGGUGACACAGACACUGUUGCCAGCACCUCCGCCAGACUUGCCACUGGGAAAGCCCUGUAUCACUUGGAAAUUGCCUCGUGAUGACUAUGCCCUGUAUACAUAUGAAACGAAUGAGAGAAAUUAUAGACCACAUUGCAGAUUAUGCACUAAGCCAGCACUAACCUGCUCCAGAAAGCAAUUCAUAGGGGGAGUGGCAAGCCAUCGCGUCACCCAGUUUGGAUCCUGGCUUCCCUCAAAAGACUAUGGUUAAUGUUUGAUAAUGCUCUGGAGUAGCCAACACUACAUGUAAAUAAGACAUGUAGAUAAAAGACUUUUGGUUUUGAACUGACUUUUUUCAGCCACAUUUGUAUAUAUGGAUGUUCCUCACCAAAGAUGAUGACUUUAAGUAUACCCCUGGAGCAUUUGGAUAAUGUGACAGUGGGGAUGCCGUGAUGUCGAAUCUCUGUCCACCACCAUCUCCAGCUGUUGCCAAGACAGAGAUUGCUUUAAGUGGUGAAUCGCCUUUAUUAGCAGCUACCUUUGCUUACUGGGACAAUAUUCUUGGUCCUAGAGUAAGACACAUCUGGGCUCCAAAGACAGAACAAGUACUUCUCAGCGACGGAGAAAUAACUUUUCUUGCCAACCACACCCUAAAUGGAGAAAUCCUUCGAAAUGCGGAGAGCGGGGCUAUCGAUGUAAAGUUUUUUGUCUUGUCUGAAAAAGGAGUAAUUAUUGUUUCAUUAAUCUUCGAUGGAAACUGGAAUGGGGAUAGGAGCACAUAUGGACUAUCAAUUAUACUUCCACAGACGGAGCUUAGCUUCUACCUCCCACUUCACAGAGUGUGUGUUGACAGAUUAACACACAUUAUCAGGAAGGGAAGGAUAUGGAUGCACAAGGAAAGGCAAGAAAAUGUCCAGAAAAUAGUCUUAGAAGGCACAGAGAGAAUGGAAGAUCAGGGUCAGAGUAUUAUUCCAAUGCUUACUGGAGAAGUAAUUCCUGUCAUGGAACUGCUUUCGUCUAUGAAGUCACACAGUGUUCCUGAAGAAAUAGAUAUAGCUGAUACAGUUCUCAGUGAUGAUGAUAUUGGUGACAGCUGUCAUGAAGGCUUUCUUCUCAAUGCCAUUAGCUCACACUUGCAAACCUGUGGCUGUUCUGUCGUUGUAGGUAGCAGUGCAGAGAAAGUAAAUAAGAUAGUAAGAACAUUAUGCCUUUUUCUGACUCCAGCAGAGAGAAAAUGCUCCCGAUUAUGUGAAGCAGAAUCAUCAUUUAAAUACGAGUCAGGCCUCUUUGUACAAGGCCUGCUGAAGGAUUCAACCGGAAGCUUUGUGCUGCCCUUCCGGCAAGUCAUGUACGCUCCCUAUCCCACCACACAUAUAGAUGUGGAUGUCAACACCGUCAAACAGAUGCCGCCCUGUCACGAACAUAUUUAUAAUCAGCGCAGAUACAUGAGAUCAGAGCUGACAGCCUUCUGGAGGGCCACCUCGGAAGAGGACAUGGCUCAGGACACCAUCAUCUACACAGACGAAAGCUUCACUCCUGAUUUGAAUAUUUUUCAGGAUGUCUUACACAGAGACACUCUAGUGAAAGCCUUCCUGGAUCAGGUCUUUCACUUGAAACCCGGUUUAUCUCUCAGGAGUACUUUCCUUGCACAGUUUCUACUCGUCCUUCACAGAAAAGCCUUGACACUAAUAAAAUAUAUAGAAGAUGACACGCAGAAGGGGAAAAAGCCCUUUAAAUCUCUGCGGAACCUGAAGAUAGACCUUGAUUUAACAGCAGAGGGCGAUCUGAACAUAAUAAUGGCUCUGGCUGAGAAAAUUAAACCAGGCCUGCACUCCUUUAUCUUCGGAAGAUCUUUCUAUACUAGUGUCCAAGAACGAGAUGUUCUGAUGACUUUUUGAAUGUGUAACUUGUUAAGUGUAUUUUGUCACAAUCGUGAUUGCUGCUAUGGUAGCCCAGUGGUGUGGGAAGCACCAUUCCCUUGGGGCAUGCCCCAGAGUCCUACUCAGGAGUGGCAGUUGAAGUUACACUACAGUUGUCACAAGAAGUCUGUAAGGGGAUGUCAGGUGCACAUUACAAUGGAUGUAACUUUUCCUAGAUGUGCUCUCUUGGGAUACAGACUUAUGUUUACAAUUAUAAUGCAUAUUAUUGCUGUCUUUUAAAGAUACGAUAACAGGAUAUAAACUUGACCACAACUACUAUUUUUGAAACUUAUGAUAUAUGGUUUACAUGUAUCAGAGUGAAAUCUGAGUUAGCUUUCGCAGAUAAAAUACUAGUCGACUUUCCAUCUCUUGGUGUUCCUUGGCAUGUGGGAUUACUGUAAUGCUUUUGCAAUCAGCUGAAAAUUAGAGCAUCUAAAUCAUUUCAGUUCCACAAAAGGAAGUUAGCUUGAACAUACAUUAGGGUUUAGAAAGAAGAUAUUGAUCAAGCAGAUGGUUAAUUGAAAUUAAUUAUUAGAUCUUACUUUAUAGACUUAGUCCUUCGGAUUUGGUCUGUGUAGAAAUGUCAAGCAGUGUGUAUAGUCCCCGUUGUGGUGAACCACAAUCAGGGUGGUGUGUGUUUGCUUGCUGAGCCCUGUCAGAAAGUAUAGGAAAUUGGAUUUUGUGUGCUAGUAGUUAUUGCCAACUUUUUAAAUUAAUUUUCAUUAUUUUUGAGCGAAAUUGAAAUGUGUACCUCCUGUGCCUUUUUUUUUCCUUGGAAAAUAUAAUUACUUGGAAGAAGUUCAGAUUUCACUCAUCAGUCAUCUUGUUUUCCUCUUGGAUAGUCUUACCCUGACUUGGCAAUCAUUGUAACUCCAAGAUUAUUCAGUGCAAUAGAGAAUGUACUAAAUAACAAGAUCUUUUUUCAGGAACAGAGGAUAGUAUUUGUCUUCUUCCUUCUUAUAUUUCUGCGCCUAUUUUUGAAGGUAUUGCCAUGUCUCUCUGCCUGCAUCGUAUGAGAACUAGCAAGAGAAACUCUACUGAUGUGCAGUUUUACUAGGUGCUACUUUGGCAAAACUAAGUGGUCAAUUUGUUUUGUUUCCUUAAUGUGUUUGGACCAUUUUGCUAGCUAUAAAAUGACUGAUUAACAUAAUUCUGUGCUCUAACGGUGUUGACAUAAUAGUAUACACAAGCAUAAAAAAUAUUUUUAUUUAAAACUGUGGAAGUUACACAAAAGGGAAAAAGUAUUUAUAAGAAAGGGAUACAAGUGAUAGAGCUCCUCAGCCAUCACCCACCAAAUUUAACCAAAACCAACAUGUUCUGUCCUGAAAGAUCCUAAUGGCCUUUCACAUCACUAAUAAGAAAGGUGUAGUCAUCUUGAUUUUUAGACACACACACAACUGGAUGACUGAUGCCCUGUAUGUAGCUCAGUCAUGAAAAAAUUUAUAGAUACCACCUUGUCAUGCCCCUUACUCAAUGCUUUUUACAUGAUAGAUUAUUUCCUUUUGCUGGUUAUUGUACUGUUGUAUAGAAUGAAAGUUGUACAGUGAAGUAAGUUAUUAAAGCAUGUGUAAACAUUGUUAUAUAUCUUUUCUCCUAGAUGGAGAACUUUGAAUAAAAUAUCUUUGAAA